UUUUUUGGUUUAAGCCGAUCAUGUUAGAGACUUCUGAGCAGCACGUUUCACUUGCCGAAGUUCUUGAGGUUCGCGGUGCACAACUAACAGAAUUUGAAAUUCUUAUUAUUUUGCUCACAGCAUCAGAUUAUCUAUUUAAUUUUCGACUUGUGGAGGAGAAAGAAGGGGUUUUCACACUUAAUCAAAUCCUUAUUACAAGUGAUGGACAAAUUAAGAUUCAAUUUAUUCCCUUUACAGAAGUGCCUUCAGAAUAUAUUCCACCUGAACUUAAUGGUGCAACAUCACCUUUUAAUAGUGAAUCUCGAAUAGUUUGGUGUUUAGGAAAUUGUUGCAUUUUGUGUUUGUCUAAUGAACAUUCGGAUGUUGCAUUGCUCUCUUUGCUUAAUCUCAUGACUCUUGAGCACCCUCAAUCUCGUCCUUCUCUUCAAAAAGUCAGACAAAUGAUUCGAAAUCGUCUCGAUGUUGUUGAUAUUGGUAGAAUGCAUCAGGUUGUUAUUGGGCUAUAUCGUGAAGUGUUGGGAGAUUUGGAUGAAUUGAUUUCUGAUGAAUUUUGUGAUGAUAUUCGUUUCUCUUCUAGACGUUCGUCUCAUUUAAGUAUUGUUCCAGGUCCAGGAGCGCCAGAUUUUCAAAACAAAAUCUCCAGCAAGAAAAUCAGCAAUCAGGAGUUCUCAGACUUUAGCGUUACAAAUCAUCCAGAGCAAUUGGAUAUUAACAAUUUUGAUAUUGCUGGAUUUGAUAUUUCAAAAAACAUUACUCUAAAUUUGGAUUCUUCCUUAAAACUCGAUGACCAGAACGAAAAAAGCGAGGAUGCAUCAACUCCGCGUGCUCUUUCUCCAUCAAAUCCAUUUUUCGAUAAUGAACAUAAUGCGUUUUCUGAAGUAAACGGAAAAAAUGAGGAAAAGGAAGAAAUAACUAAUAAACAAAUAAAUUCAAAAAUUGUGUCUUCAAGUUUAAUAAAUGGGAAUAAUUCGUUAGAUAAAAUUGAGGAUAAAAUCGAUGGAUGUGAAAGAAAUCCGUUUAUUUCUCCUCCUCAACAAAAAAAUAAUUUUCAACAAAAUACCCAAUCUCCUUCGCAACCCUUUAAUUCUGGUGGAACAUUCAGAAGACAAAAUUCUCUCCAACCUGAACGUUGUAGUCGUCGCAUUGCUGCCAAUCAUACAAAAACCGGAAGAGGAACAGCAGUUUCUACUUUAAUGUUACCAACUGUGCCUGAAUUUUUAACCAAUAGAAGUCAGCCAAGUAUUCGAUUAAGAGCACAGAGUAUGAGAAAGAAAAAAAUUGUCGCUGCUCUAUAUAGACAAGAACCUGUUGUUGUCUUUGUGCGUCUUCUUGAUGGACAUACAGUUGAGGUUAACUGUACUUCAGAUCAACUAGUUGGCGCUGUUUUUCACACAGUUUCAGAGCAUUUGUAUAUUAGCGAGCAUUUAUUUUUUGGAUUGGCUCUUCUAAGCCGUAAUGGUGAAUCUAUUUUUCUUGAAGAAAGGCAGCAUUUAGAGAAAUGGGCACCGCCAGGGUGGAAAAGUGGCAUUGGAAGAGAACAAUUUGUUUUAAAUUUUCGUUUCCGUUUUUAUCCAAAGAAAAGAGAAUUUAUAAAAACUUCAAUAACAACCCAUCAACUUUAUUUACAAUUAAGACAGGAUAUGUUAUCUGGAACUUUACGUUUUCAACCAAGAGAAAAAGCAUUGGAAAUGGCUGCAUUAGCACUCUGUGUUGAAUAUGAAGGAGAUCAGGAGUUCUCUUCUUCAACCUCAAAUAAUUUACAAGGAGAUUAUUUCAAUUUGGAAAAUUAUUUGCCAGGAAAAUUUUACGAUUUAAAGGCGGGAGAGAUUCUUUCUGUUCAAAAAGAAAUUAUUUCCUUGCACGGACAAUUUUCGAAGCAAUUGUGUCGUUUGGAGGCUAAAGAACGUUUCAUUUCUCUCUGCCUUGAGGAGACUUAUUAUGGAUCACAUUUCUAUAGAGUUCACAAAAUUAAACCAAAAGGACAUCAACAGCAAUUUCUUCCUGAUCUUCGUUUACUUGCUAUAAUGCCUUCUGGUAUUGGUAUUUGCCGCGAAGAAAGAAACGGUGCCCAACGACUAUUCACUUCCUUUCACCAAUGGAGCAAUAUUCGAACAUUACAAUUCGAUAAAAAACGUUUUUUACUGGGAAUAAUUGAAAAUGGAAUAGCCGUUGAUAAUAUAUUUUAUGUGGAUCAUCAUUCCAAAUCAGGAUAUUUAGUUCGUUUUGCAGCCUCACAACACGGUUUUAUGCUCAAAAUGCGUCAAUGGCAAGGAACUUUGGAACGUGUCCGAGCAUUUCAACGUCAUCGAGAUGUUGCAAUUGAUGGUUCAGUUGAAGUUGUUUCUCAACAAAAUCAUCAAAGUAUUGAUGGAAUGGAUUCUAAACAAACUCAUCGUCGAAACGGAUCACAACCACAAAUGGGAAUCUCUGCUGUUAAUUCUUGUCGACAACCUGAGUCUGUAGAUUUAGAAAAUAAGGAGCGCAAUGAUGUCGAUGACGAAUCAAUUUAUGGUCAAGAUGCACAAAAAAUAUUUAUGGCCCUUGAGAGGCACCCCGAAUUUGGUUUGGGGCUAACACUUGUUGAUGGGGCUGUCAAUGGAGUAGAGGGUGUUUAUUCUGUUGCUGCUGAAGGUGAUGGGCACAAAAAGGGUUUACUUAUUGGAGACUGUCUUUUGAGCAUAAAUGGAAUAUCUUUACUUGAUAGAACUCGGCAUGAUGCUGUAGAAAUUGUCCAGAAUUGUGGUGGAAAGGUCCGUUUAGAAGUUUUGCGUUUUCCAUCUAUCUCUGUAGUUCUUUCGAAGGAGCCUUUGCAAAGUGUAAUUAAUGGACUAAACUCUGGUCGAAAACCGACAAAUACACAUUCUGUUAAAAAUGUGAAAGAUGAGGAAUCACAAAUAGUUUCUGCACGAAGACGUACUUCUGCUCCCCCCGAAAAUAAAAACAAUGAUUCUUUAAAAAACAUCGAGAACGUGAAAUGUGUUUCGACUAAAAAAAUCGAAGCAACUAAUGUUAAUAAUAACAAUCCAAAACCAAAUGUUUCACAUCGUCAACGUGCAGUUUCAGAUUUUGGGGCAAUCAGUGGUAUGACGCUACCAACACUUAAAACUGAUGACAUUUUAACACUUUCUACAAAAAAUGAUCCAAUUCGACUUAACGCAAUUAAACCUAAUCGAUAUAGACGGCACAAAACAAGUGUUGGAUUUAUGGAACCUACAAUGUUGGAAUCAGAUGAGGAUGAAGAUAUUAGUACCGAUGGUGAUUCUUCAACGAUUACUCGUUCCUCUUUAAAUGAUCUUGAAUCAUCGAGGGGUGAAUAUAUUAUUAAAAAAAUGCCAUCUGUGACGGCAAUGUAUGGAAUAGAAAAUGAAGAUAACAAUGAUGAAGAAAAAGCAGAAAAUAUUAAUAUUGCAACAAAAGAGAAGCCAAAUAAAAUAAACAAUGGAUAUCAAAGAGCAAAUACUAUUCAGUCAACUUCCGAUGUUUCAAAAUCUUCCCCUUUUGAUGCUGCAUUACAACGUUUUGCUCGUCAAAACACAAAUAACGAGGUCAAUAACAACAAUAAACCUUUAUUAAAUUUGGAUUGGACAAAUGAUCUAACAACAUUUGAAAAACCAAAAAAUGAAGAAUCAAUUACUCAUUCAUCAAAAACAACAAAACAAAGAGGAUCUGAUAAGUUUGAUGAAGAGGCUAUUGUGGUAACACUGAACAAGAAUGAGAAUACUCCAAUAGGAUUGAGUUUGGCAAAACGUGUGGGAUACGAUGGAGUUUACAUUCGAAGUAUUGGACCGGAUAAUUCAUUGGCCGCACAAGAUGGUACUCUUCGUGUUGGAGAUCAAAUUGUUCGCGUGCAAGGAGUAGAACUUCGCAAUGAUGAGAGUCCAUUAAAUGUUGUAAAGCAAUUAAAGAAUAUUAUUGGACCUUUAAAAAUACAUGUAAAAAGGCGUUUGUAA